AUGGGAUUUGGAAAUGGAGUUUCAAUGAAAGAAAAAAAUACAAAUUAUACUAAGCCCUUAAGCAUCCCUAAGGGCCAGGACACUUGGGAAUCCAUAGGAAUUCCUCAAUCUACACUGGACCAAAUAAAACAGCGUCAUAUAUCCCGUAUUACUCCUGAAACGGAAAUUAAUCAAGAAAUUAAGCCGUUACAACGCAGCCAUCCAGAGCCUAUCCUGGACUCGCUCGCGACUCUAAAAUACGACGAGCUCCGUAAUAUGGAACAUUUUGAUCCGGCUCUAAACGAAUAUUUAAUGUUAAUUAAUUAA